AUGUCUGCCCACCUGCAAUGGGUGCUUGUGGGGAAUGGCUCCAGCUUUCUGAUCAAGUGGAACGAACAGAUACACAACACUGAGCCCACUAACCUUAAAGCUCACAGCUCCUUCUGCUACAAUGGGCUGAUUCACUGCAAGACUGUGGGUGUGGGGCUGGAGGCAGAGGGCAAAGGUAUAGUGGUGGUCACAAAGCACAGAACCCUCCAGCGAAAGCCUGCCACCUCCAAUGUGCUGACCACCAUUAGCAAGAAUGCCUGGGCUGCCCUCAGCAGCAUCUGGCCCAUGAUCCACAAGAACAGUUAUGGCCCAGAUCUGUGCAUGCCUGCUAUUCGCAGAGCCAGUGCCAUCCUGUGCAGCCAGAAGCCUGUGAUGGUGAAGAGGAAGGAGGGCCUUCCCACCAAGAGCUCCUGA